AUGUGGUUCAGACAUAUUACCGCACAAAAGGCCUUCGCCUUGGCCUCUUUACUCCUGACUUCCGGGGUCUCAGCAGCCGCUAUUCCCUCAAGCCCGGACUCCGUCUCUGUGGUGCCGUCGUUUGCGGACGAUAUCCCGACGAACACGCAGAUCUCUACAUUCGGAGCGGAUGGCAAGCCCACCUCCGUCCCUAUUGCCGAUGUCUCUAACUGUCCGUCCUGCCGUGACGACGAUGAAGAUGAGCAGACUCCUGGAGAAUGGGCCCUCGGUGUCCGUGACUUCGAAACCGACCCUGAGUCCCUGGAAUCAAUCCCUGUCAUUACCAUCCCGUCCAGCGGGAGUGAUCUAAGCGAUGCUCCAUCCAAGACUACACGCCAGCCGGCCACGCAGGCGAAACGGGCUCCAGCAGCCACCAAGUCGGACGACCGAUACAAGAAGCUGAAGGAAGCCCUAGGCAAAACACCCGAAGUCGGCCAGGGCUAUGCUAUUAAGAUAAGAAGCGAACGAAACGAGGUCUCGGGCAAGUCGUAUCCCGAUCACUACCUGAUUGUCGUCGGUUACGUCACGCAGCGAACGGAGGGCAACACCGUCAUUCUGAAGUUCGACUCCGGAUGCUACGAUAUUCGACUCCAGGGCAAACAGAUUGUGUUCACGGACCGGAGUGGUCAGGCUUGGUAUGAUUAUGAGAAGGCCAAGUUCGAGGUGCUCGGCAAGAUCAAGUCCGGCUUGACCUACGAGACGAUCGAACGCGAUGGAAAGGCCAUUGCGGCCGAGAUGAAUAAGAAGGGCUAUAGCCUUCUUACCAAAAACUGUCGGGAUUUUGUGCUGAAGAUGUAUAAGAAGAUUAAGGCUUGA